AUGAGCUCCGACACGCUACACAUGGCUGAGGCCGGGGAUAAGCCCGAGGCGCCUCCUCCAACUGCCGUCUCAUUCUUUGAUCCCUCGCUCAGUGCAGUCCGUCGCGGCGUAUUUAUCCAAUGGGGACGGACUGUGCUGAUCCUCUGCACCUUCAUCCUUGCUAUACUCUCCCUGUUCUGGGCGGUCCAGUCCCGCGUGAACCAGAACAUGCCCGCACUGAAAAUCUGGGUUGUCGACUUUGACGCCCAGCUGGAACCCUAUCGGAACACGACUCCGAUCGUGGGCCCGGCUGUCGUGGAGGUCGUCAACCAGACCCUAAGUUCCGGCACCCCCAACCUCGGAUACACGAUCAGGACCCCAGCCGACUUCAACAACGACCCCUGGGCUGUGCGCCAAAGCGUCUACGACGAGCACGCCUACGGCGCCAUCAUCAUCAACGCCAACGCGACCGCCCUCCUCCGCGACGCCGUCACCACCGGCAACUCCUCAUACGACCCUCUCGGCGCCGCCGAGUUCAUCAUCAUCAGCGCGCGCGACGACACCUCCUACUACAACUACAUCAUCCCGUUCCUGAGCGAGUUCGACCUCGCCGUGCGCUCCUACUUCGGGCCACUCUGGGUGCAGACCGUCGCCAGCGAAGGCCUCAACUUCACCGCCGUACCGCAGGCCAUCAACCCAGCCAUCGGGUUCACAACAAUCGACCUCCGCCCCUUCGGCCCCCCCGUCAUCACGCCCGCAGUCUCCAUCGGCCUGAUCUACCUCAUCAUCCUCGCCUUCUUCAACACCCCCUUCAUGAUGCCCAUCCACGUCCAGCUCAUCAAGGGCAACCACCCCCCGCUCAAAAUCCCCCAGUGGCUCCUCUGGCGCAUCCUCUCCAACAUCGCCACCUACUUCUUCCUCUCCCUCUUCUACUCCUUCGUCUCCCUCGCCUUCCAGAUCCCCUUCGACAACCCCUCCGCCCCGGACACCCAGCCCGCCGACAACCCCAACGCCUACGGCCACGCCUCCUUCUUCGUCUUCUGGAUGCUCAACUGGGUCGGCAUGUCCGCGCUCGGCUUUCCCUGCGAGAAUAUGGCCAUGAUUCUGGGCUUUCCCUGGAGUGCGCUGUUCCUUAUCUUCUGGGUUAUCACCAAUGUAGCCACCGGUUUUUACGCCCUUGAUCUCGCCCCGGGGUUCUUUGCUUGGGGGUAUGCUUGGCCGUUGCAUAGGAUCGUCGAAGCCCUCCGCACCAUUCUCUUCGACAAACACUCCCGCAUCGGCCUCGACUUCGGCAUCUUGUUCGCGUGGAUCGCCUUCUCCAUCGCGCUGUUUCCCCUCGCUGCCGCGUUUAUGCGCUGGAAGAUGAAGCACGGGUGGGCGUGAUUGUGAUUGUGCUUGUGGUGGUAUAAAAG